AUGAAGGGGAGCAGCUUGAUGUUCAUGGUUGCUCUUUUGUGCAUAGGCUAUCUUGUAGUGAUUGGGCAGUGCCGCCUCAUGGAUGGAAGGAGCCACGGUGACCAUCAUGCCAACUCAAGUGCUAACGAUCCUAUAUUAUACUCGUCAUUAGAUGAGAGCAGGCUUACCCUGAAAUUUUGUGUCGAACGGGAUUGUAAGUCCAAAAGCGACAAAAUUUCUUGGGACCAAUGCAUGUGCUGCCUUACGCUGCCGGAUCUUCCAUGCUGGCGUACACGAGACGAGUGUAAAGCAAAUUGCCCGGCGUGCAACCCCAAUUGUUAG